AUGUUGGCCUGGUCGAUUAGGAAGAUUUAUUUAAAUUCUCAUUAUCAUACCUAUAAAUAUGUAAAUAUAGCUAGACCCACUUGCUUAUCAUGCCCAAUACGUUAUUUGCCGCGCAACUUCUCCAGUUCACCAAAGGAUCCCACCGACGAUCAUAUAAAUGAUCCCAAAGAAGAAGAUAUAGUUGAAAAUGACCAAAAAGUAGAUAAUGAAGACAGUAAAGGUGAUGAUUUUAUAUCAAAAAUCGACGAAUCAGAUCCAUCAGAUUUGAAAGAUUCGCCAGAUCAACCAAUUAGCUAUGCAUCUCUUUCUGACAUCCGUUCCAUACUUACAUUCUUGAAGGAUGAAAAAAAAUUUGGUAGAUCGGCACAAAAAGGUAAAAUACGCCGCAGUCCUUUGCCCCUAAAAGAAUCGGAUCCGCUCGACCAUGAUGAAGGGACCGGUGGUAGUACCAAAAAUGGGCAGACCGCCACCGAUACAGGGGAGGCUAAGGCUUUUAUUGAGGUAAUAUAUCCUAAGGGGGAUAAUCUACCUGCUCUGGCAUUUGGCCAGGGAGGACCACGAUUGCAUGCAAUAUUUGCGUUGGGGCUAUUCAAAAAACCAGCAUUCCCAGGAUUCUACCAGGUUCUCCAAAUUCAAGACCCAUUUGUAAUUCAAUCGCUAUCAAAUGCCAGGAACAAAUUGGGUCAUGAUUUCAUUGGGGGUUUCCUAGUCAAAGAGCCAAUGACAGAUAUAUCCCCGCUUUCCAACUUUUCGAGCCUAAGAGAAGAUGCAGGCGCGGUUAGGAGGUGUGAAGAGAUGCACAGCAUUGGCACGUUGCUGCAGAUAAUAAGUAUUGCGCCUCAUAUGAAUUUACCCGGUGGACAAGCUAUUCUUAUGCCAUAUAAACGCAUCAGAAUGACCGGAUACUACAAGGAACCAGAUGAUAGCUCACCCCUAUAUCGUGUGGCAGUUGAUUAUAUUGAGGAUAAAUUCGACCCAAACGAUGAUGUCAUCAAGGCACUACAUCUAGAAAUUAUUACUACGAUGAAAAACCUAUUGAAAACUUCACAUUUCUACAAGGAACACUUUGACCAGGUGAUUAGAUUCUACAACCUUGACUACCCACACAAGCUGGCAGAUCUAAUUGCCGGUAUGUCCAUGGGCAAGAGAAACGAAUUACAAAAUGUGCUAGAAGAAUUGGAUAUGGAAAGAAGGUUGACUUUGGUGUUGGAGUUGGCCAGGAAAGACUACGAAUUUGCAAAAAUCCAAAUGCAGGUUAAAACCCAGGUGGAACAGAAAAUGACCGGUGAUCAGAAAAGAUAUCUGUUAAUGGAACACUUGAAGAUGAUUAAGAAGGAGCUAGGUGUGGAUGGGGACGAUAAACAAUCUGUAAUUGAUGCAUUUGAUAAAGAAUUCCAAGAGUGCCAGAAAUACAUGCCCGAAGAGGGAAUUGAGAGUUACAAAACUAGUAUAGCAAGACUUUCACAGCUUGAAAUUUCAUCAGCUGAAUUUGGAGUCUGUCGUUCCCACCUUGAAUGGCUAUUAGGUCUUCCUUGGGGCAAGCUUACAAUUGAUGAGCAGAGCAUUUCCCGAGCACGUAGUAUAUUGGACAGUCACCACUAUGGGCUUAAAGAUGUUAAGGAGCGAUUGCUAGAGUUUAUCGCUGUUACAAUUGCCCGUGGAGAUUCGCAUGGUAAAAUAUUGUGUCUUGUAGGACCUCCUGGGGUCGGUAAAACUUCAAUCGGCGUCAGUAUAUCGCAGGCACUCAACAAGAGAAUAUAUAAACUUAGUGUAGGCGGUUUGUUCGAUGUAGCGGAGCUUAAGGGGCAUCGUAGAACCUAUGUUGGAGCGUUGCCUGGGAAAAUUAUCCAAUCAUUACGUUAUACUAAGUGUUACAACCCCCUGAUACUGCUUGAUGAAAUUGAUAAGUUGGGUAAGGAUAUACGGGGAGAUCCGGCAUCAGCUUUACUAGAAAUACUUGACUUUUCCCAAAAUAACACCUUUAGAGAUUUAUAUUUAGACAUACCCGUUGACUUGUCUAAGAUCUUAUUCGUGUGCACCGCAAAUGUCACAGAUACGAUACCAGCGCCAUUGCUGGAUAGGAUGGAAGUAAUUCACCUUUCAGGUUAUCUCCAUGAGGAAAAAAUAGAGAUUGCUACUCGUCAUCUAAUUCCAAAGUGUCUAAAAGAGUCCGGGAUCAAUAAUGUGGCUUUUGAUCAUGAUUGCUUAAGUAACAUUGUAAAGUUUUAUGCUAGAGAGUCCGGGGUUAGGCAAUUGGAAAAAUCUAUAGAAAAGAUACUCCGUAAAAUUGCAUUAGAAACCGUUGAGUCCGUUGAAUUGUCUAAGGCAGGGAUAGAUUCUGUUGAUUUGUCAGCACAGGUAGGCACUAUUGGAACUGAAAUGGAUAGUUCUGUAUGUGACGAUGGAGAAGGUGAUGAGCACAAAAAAUUAUCGGAGGAUAAUUCUGCAUCAUUAUCGGGAGGAGAUAAUGAUAAAAGGUUGGUACCUGAGGAGAAAAAGAUAGUUUCGGUGAAUGACCUGCAAAAAUAUCUCGGGGCACCAAUAUUUCAAACGGAGCGAUUGCACCUAGACCCAAUGCCUGAAGGAGUAGUUAUGGGCAUGGCCUGGACCAACAUGGGAGGAGCCAUCCUUUUUGUCGAGGCAUCAGGAAAGAAAGCAGACUCAGCAGCGUUCAAAGUGACUGGGCACCUGGGUAAAGUGAUGAAUGAGAGCUCUGAAAUUGCACUGAGCUUUUCCAGAGACUUUGUUUCUAAAAUAGACCCCAGUAACAAUUUCUUGGAAGAAGCUAAGAUACAUUUGCACGUCCCUGAGGGGGCAACGCCUAAGGACGGCCCAAGCGCAGGUAUCACAAUGGCGCUGGCACUAGUGUCUCUUGCGCUUAAGAAAUCAUGUAAACCUUCUCUUGCUAUGACAGGAGAGCUAACGCUAACGGGCAAAGUACUCAGGAUAGGAGGGGUUAAAGAAAAAUUGGUAGCGGCCAUUAGGGAGGGAGUUAAGAAUGUGAUAUUGCCCAAGGCCAAUUUUGCUGACUUUGAACUGUUGGAGGAUGAUAUCAAAGAAAAGGUAAAUCCUACUUUUGUGGAAGACUUCCAGCAAGUAUACAAUAGGGCACUAUAA